AUGAUACGACAAUUGACCAGAUCGUUACGACCAUUUUAUGGCCGAUUAUAUUAUUCUACGGCUUCUCCAAAGGUUUUGACAGAGGAAAAAGAGGCCGAAGACGUAAAUUUCGACAGUUUUAUGGAUGAUCUAGUUCAAGAAACGGUUCAUACUGCUCCUAAUGAUCACGCAAAAACAAGAAAGAUUUAUGCUUUAAGUUUCCAGGAUUUGAAAACGGUAAGAUUGUGCUUUUGUUUUAACUUUGGGUUUAGGAGUUCAAUCUUCGUCCACCAAGAAGCGAAUGGGAAUUAGUGACGUUUCUGGACUAUUUGGUGGCUUUGAACAAGAAGGAUAAGAAAAUUAAAUAUCAAGAAUGGUUAAAAAGGUAAGUGAUCGGAUUUUUAAUAAAUGUUUUGAUGUUUAGGGCUAUUUUGAGUUGAAACAUCAGCUUUGAUGAAUAACAUAACAUAUUUUGGUGUUAAACACACUUUAUGAUACAAUUUUUGCACAAUAUUUAUAAAAAACUGUCUUGCCAUAACUGCAAGUAUACUUUACUUUGAUUUUUUUUCUAAAAAUACAUUUUAUUCAAUUAAAAAAUGACAUUUUUAGCGAAGAACUAGCUUCAAGCCUUCACGCAAAACUGAUGAGUCCUGAAGCCGCUCCAAAUGCUGUAGUAUCAGCCUUAGCCGGUCUUCUAACUUUAUAUUGUCCGCCAAAGGAUUCAGAAGCUUCAGAUGGUCUAGUUGAUUUAAACGUGGCACUAGAAAAGAUUGUCAGUUUAGUGGAAGAGAUGGUGAAGACAACCCCUUCAAAAUUGGACAUUCAUUCGCUUUUAACACUACUUUUGGCAUCUAAACAUACUGUCUAUAAGCUGCCUGACGGUUUUAGGGAGUCGAUUAUUCAGUUGUUACCUAAAAAGAUUGAGUAAGUUUGAGUUUUUGAUAUUUUGAAAGGGUUUCUUUGAGUUUUUUGAAAGUUUGCGUUGAAAGCUGAGAUAUUUAACUGUUUUACAUUAGAACGAAAGUUUUUUGUUUUUUAAAUGGUUAAAAUGGUGUUAUGUUAUAGAGACAUUGCCCAGCCAGCAGUCUUAUUGAACAUUUUUGAAGUUGACGAGCUGAUCAAGAACAAUAUAACUUUGGACAAAAUAGAAGGAAAAAUUGAUGAAUUGCUGUCGAUUAUGAACACUGGAGAACUGGUUUCAUUAUUUGCUGUACAUGUCAAAGUACGGAGGAACGUGAAAACACUUUCUAGGAUUGCUGAAGCUAUCAGAACGUAGGUUCAUUUAUAAAAAUUGAGAUUUAUAUUGUUUUAGGUUAGUGUUUUAAUGCUUUUUAUAACUUUAUGUCUUGGAAAGUCUUAUAAAUUUAAAAAAUUUGAUUUUGGACAAGCUUUUAUGUUAAUGUUGUUCAGAAAAGGUACAUUAACGGCGAAUCAAUGUGGAAAACUCCUCACCUCAAUGGACUUACUCAGCUUUUAUCACCCGAGAUUGUUAGCAUUUGUCCAAAACCAAAUUAGCCAAUCACUGCACGAGAUUACUCGCUGGAACGUAUUCAACACCAUCGUAUAUUCGCUAGCCAAAGUCAAAGUCAACAACCCCCACUUAUGGUACUAUUUAGCACAAUGGACCAACAGUCAUGCGAGAACAGCUGAUGUCAGUCAACUAUCUAUGGUAUUGUCAUCAUUGGCUAUGAUAAAUAUACCGCCAGAGCUUGUGGAGGUGUCUACGAAGAAAUUGGCAGCGAUUUUGAAGACGGAACGUGCCAGAAGUCCUGGGGUCUGGUUGAAUACGUGUUACUCUUUGGCUAUGUUAAGAUGUUUGCCUGCUCGAUUUGGGGAGACUUUGUUGGAAUUGAGUUUCCUCAGUGAAUUGAGCAAAAACUGGUAAGGAUUUUAGUAUUUUGAUGAAGGUUUGUCGGCUUUUUGCGUUAGAAACAAGGAUCUUGAACGCUAAUUUCUUGUUUUUUUUAGCAGUGAAGAGCUACGGUUAUUCCGGGUUAUUAAAGUCUUUCAUGUAGCCAGCUACUUGAAAUACGAUUUGAAUCUUGAUGUAAAAGUACCACAAGACGUGUUAAAUUUGAUCAACAGUAAGGUAAGCCUAUUUCUGCGAUGUUUUAUUGGAAAUGAAGAUUGUUACAAGGCUUAUUGCGUCAUUUUAAGGCUUAUUUAAGUGCUGUUAGGCUUAUAACGCCAAUUUUAGGCUUAUUUAUGUGCUGUUAGGCUUAUGACGCUACUUUUAGGCUUAUUUUUGUAGGACUAGGCUUAUUUCUGUGCGGUUAGGCUUAUUGCGUCACUUAUAUGCUUGUUUAAGUGCUGUUAGACUUAUGAAGCCAAUUUUAAAUCUUUUUAUGUGUUGUUAGGCUUAUGACGCCACUUUUAAGCUUAUUUUUGCGUGCUUAGGCCUAUUUAUGUGCGGUUAGGCUUAUUGCGUCAUUUAUAGGGUUAUUUUUCUGCGGUUAGGCUUAUUGCGUCACCUUUAGGCUUAUUUAAGUGCUGUCAAGCUUAUUACGUCACUUUUAGGUUUAUUUCUGUGCGGUUAGGUUUAUGACGCCACUUAUAGGCUUAUUUCUGUGCGGUUAGGCUUAUUGCGUCACUUAUAGGAUUAUUUAAUUGCUGCCAGUCUUAUGACGCCACUUUUAAGAUUACUUUUGCGUGCUUAGGCUUUUUGGGUUAUCUCUAAGCUUAUUUUUUUUUAUUUCCUUAAUUAUUUCUAUUUACUUUUUGACCAAUGUAACAAGAUCAUUACACGUUCACUAACUAAAAUAUGAACCAUAUCUUUUAGCCAAAAGAAAUGCUGAUAACCAUGCGACAUCGCAAAAACGUGGAAGCUGAAGUGCUCAACUUCAACAACAACCUCUUCUUAAUCGCACCCAAGGAGACUCACAUCAAACCACCUCACAUCGAACUCAACACUGGUGCCUACGUGGAUGCGGUCGUGUAUGUGGACGAAACAACCAAGAAGCUAGUGCCAAUUAAAGCGGCCGAAACCCGAAACGACCUCACCAAAGUUGCGAUUAUUUACGCGACCUACAACUUGUUAACCAAACCUGACCUCGACGAACGAGCACCGGUCAGGCUAAGUGGUGACAUUGCCAUGAAUGUGCGUCAUCUUCAGAAGGCCGGCUACAGGACGGUCGUGCUGACCAAACAUGAAAUGGCACAAAUGACAGAAGGACUGGAACAGGCCAAAUAUCUGAAGAAAGCGAUUCAAGAGGGACAGGAGUUGAAGUUGACUCCUGAUUUGACUGUUUUUCAAAAUUGA